UCGAUUGUUACGGAAUUGUUUCCGCGACGUGUUUUUUUGCCAUCCGUUCUCCGUUCGAUCUAUGGAAACUCGUGGAACUAACAGGUGCAGUGAAGUGUCAUAAAUAAGAGAACAGAGCAGAAAACGGGAAACGAACUUUGAGGAAUGAGGGAUAAAGGAUGGAUGAAAAAUACGCGACGCGGAUGACUUUAUUAAAAUAAUAGGUUGCUCCGAUAUUUAUCAAAUAUUGCUAUAUCACAAUACAGCAAUACACCUAACACAUUUAUUUAUUAAAUAGCACUCGGAUGAACAAAUUGAAUAAAAAAAAAAAUAAAAUGAGAAAUCGUAUAUAAUUUUUCUUGUAUAAUUGAGAUUCUGACUGAGACGACUUUAAAAUUCGAACGACUCGAAGGACAUUCAUCGUGCGCGCAGAGGAUAUCGUUUAUUCGAAAUCGUUGCGGCGUUCAAAGGGCGCCGCACACGCGUCGUCUGUAUAAACUGAUUCAGCUGAUCGAGAGGAGUCUAAUAAAUAAUUGACUGACUCGCGUCAAGUUUCCGAAAGAACGGCUAGAGUCGAUUUUGAUCGGGAAACUCGUCCGAGACAAGAGAGACGCGGGUAAAUCGUGAAAUUCUCAAGAAAGCGCGAUAAAGAAACGGAAGAAAGAAUAGUAAUCCUUUUGGGAUGUCGACGUACGGAAGGUGGACUCUGUGGCCGGCGAGGACGCGUUUUCGACACUUGACAAAAUCAUCGAAGAUCCAUUGCAGCUGAGAUCACAGAUGAUCGAUCGGACCGAUUGAUCGCGUUAUCGCGCAGCUUUAUUUGCUGAUUCGACACUUUUCCGACACGUUCAUUUCUAAAGUUGGCGAACGCGCGACAAAAAGAAAGGAAUUUCGCUGUUAAGUUUCGCGACGCAGUGCGAGUAAGCCCAAAUUAUUUUCGGGAGAUUUAGAAAAAAUACAGCAGCUAUGGACUGGAGAGGAAUCGUGCUGGCAUUUCUAGUGAUCACAAUAAUGAGGCACAGCGAUAGCAGCACACACGCAGCCCAGAUAUUUCAACAACCACUGACGUCGACCGCUGCGAUAGCGAGCACUGUGCAGAUCGAGUGCGCGAGUGAAUCGAUAAUCGUUCAUAUCUCGACGGAGCAUAACACGGAUUUCCACGGUUUGGUCUAUCCACGUGGCUUAUCGAAAAACAGUUCAUGUCUACAGGAGUACAGGAGUCAGCCCGUUCCUAUCACUUACAAUCUGCCGCUCAGGUCCUGCAACACUAUGCCCACCGAACUGGAAAACGGUGGUAUCGAAUAUUUCAACACUAUCGUGGUACAGCCACAUUUGAAGUUGGUCACGAAUCAAGGCAGAGGUUUUCACGUGAGAUGCAGAUACCAGACACGCGACAAAGUUGUAACGAACGAUCAGACUCAAGUUUCCAUGAUGCAGUCUCUGCCAUUGCAGGCAACCGCACCGAUGCCGGGAUGCACGAUGAAAAUCUUCAGUGGUGAUCCAACGCAGCAUCACGUGGCGGAGAAUGUAAAGAUUGGCGAUCCCUUGACCCUGGUCAUUAGCAUCGACAAACAAGAGAUGUUCGGUUUGAAAAUCUCUGAUUGUCUGGUACGCGAUGGCCUCGGGUGGGGCGAGCAGCGGCUCAUAAACGACGAAGGUUGUCCAAUAGAUGGUGAAAUAAUGGGACAAUUCGUCUACAACGAGGAUAAAACGGAGGCCAGAGUGAAUUUCCAGGCGCACAAAUUCCCAUAUACGGCGAGCGUAUAUUAUCAAUGCAACGUUAGGCUGUGCGUCAAGCAAGGCGGAGGAUGCAGUAAUACGCCACCGUUAUGUAAUUCGAUAGUCAGACGACGCAGAGAUACCGCUAAUGCCCAUGAGGUGAAAGGUGUCGAAGAUCUGGACGGUACCCCGGCCACGAUCGAAGUUUACAGUGGUCUUUACGUCAAUGAAGCAUCGGACGUUGGUUCCAAGUCAGAUUUUUCCAACGACGUCUUUCGUGAAAGGGCUCUUGAUGACCCAAACACCAUUUGCAUAUCGCAGAGAAGUUUCGCUAUUGGGAUUGCCGCCGCCGGUCUCAUACUCAUGCUAGCUGUGGUAGCCGCCAUCCUAAUAUUACUCGCCAAGAGACGGCACAAGAGCCUAUCCACGACAGGAUCGUCCAUCUACAGUGGACCGUACACUAACACCGCUUACAGCCACAGUAGCUAAGUCCGCCUACAGCACUUAAUAAUAACUAAGUUCGACGCGAGAUUAAGAUAAGCCAAGAUGUGGUUCUACAGUAAAUCGAGUUACCGUAGAAAUAUCUAAUUUUUUAAUAUAAUGAUGUUGAAACACCGAAUUUGACAUGUGCAAAAUUCUAGAAUAGAUCAUCGAUGAAAUAAAAGAGAAAAAAAUGUUGAAAAUAUUACGUAACUUUUAACGUAUAACCUAGAGUGAUUGAUAGAGGUCGGAGGCGCUUCUUUGACUAACUGCACACAAACAUUACUGUAGAUUUCUCUAAAAAUUAGGCAUCUUAAAUUUUCGGCACUUUACUGUAGAACCAUCUUAAAUUCAUUGCGUUCAUUGAUUUUCAUUUUGAAAUUGACUAAAUUCUUUAUAAUCUUAAUGUUUUAUAUUGAAUUUUAAUCAAAUCUUAACGAAUUAAUACUGAAAGUAUGUCAAUUGAUAUGCGGAUACCUACAACUCGCUGAUUCGCGUAAAGUACACACAAACAGUCUCGUCAAUGCGCAUGCCUUAGGGCCAUGUCUUCUGACCUCCGAUUUCAGUAUGCAAUUUAGUAAUAUUUCGUUAUUAUUUAUUACAAUUUCAGUAACAAAUUUCCAUUCAUACAGGUAUUUUAAUAAAUUUAUUGCAAUUGUUUUAUAAAAUAUUUAAAAAGUGUGUAAUUUGCAA